CCAACCUAAUUUGGCACUACGGCACCAGAUUAUUUGCCUUUUGCAGAAAAACAAACAUUACAGCUGGAAGUAUCUUUGCCAUUCUUGUGGAGUCUGUUGCAACCAACCCAGAUAAUAAAUGAAUCCUCUGAGACUAUUAGACUUUAGUUGGGACACAGUGAGUGCAGGCGGUUUGUUCAGCGGUGUGUCUCUCCCCUGGAUGUCUCACCUGACCGUGGCUAACCUGACCCUGGGUCUGGGGCUCCCGGAGCAGUCCGUCCUUCAGCCGGCGUGGGACUACCUCCUGCAGCACCACCAGGCUGAGCUGCGGAGCCCUUUGUUCCCUGUGGUCAUCUCUGUCUCUACCUACCUUCUCCUGGUGACCCUCUACACCCUGCUAGACCUCCUGGCCCCCAGCUGGCCAGCCCUCAACAGCUACAAGCUCCACCCAGACAGACCCGUCACCUGGGACAACAUCUGGACCACCCUGUAUCUCACAGCCUACAACCACCUGGUCUAUAUCUUCCCUGCUGCUGUGGGCCAGUGGCUGUGGAGGCCUCCUAUCCCGCUCCCCCGUGACGCACCCACUCUAAUGAGCUUCCUCCUGGGCAUCCUGGGGUGCAUGGUGGUCUUUGACUUCCAGUUCUAUCUUUGGCAUCUUCUACACCACAGAGUCCCAUGGCUGUACCGCACCUUCCACGCCAUGCACCACCAGUACCUUCAGCCCUUUAGCCUGGUUACCCAGUACGUGUCCGCCUGGGAGCUGAUCAGCUCGGGCUUCUGGACCACUGUGGACCCCCUCCUGCUGCAGUGCCACUGCCUGACCGCUUGGGGCUUCAUGGUGUUCACCAUCUGUGUGUCCACUGAGGACCACUGUGGCUACGACUUCCCCUGGUCGCUGCACCGCCUGGUGCCCUUCGGCCUGUGGGGCGGACCCCCCAAACACGACGCUCACCACCGGAUGCCCGGGACAAACUUUGCCCCGUUCUUCUCCCACUGGGACUGGCUGGGGGGGACUAACAUGGUGCCCACCCCCUCCAAAGAUAGAUAUGUUGAGGAAGGUCUGAAAGGGAGGAAGGAUAAAGGAGCUUGAGUGUUGCUUUUUUUCUCUCUCCUCCCUCUCCCUUGACCGCUUUUUGUGUGUAUUUCAUCCAAUCUCUCUCCCUUCCUUACUCUAUCUCUUCUGUCUUUCUCUCUGUCCACACCUCUCUCUCUCUCUCUCUCUCUCUCUCUCUCUCUCUCGCUCUUCACCUUUUCCAUCUUUCUUUGUGUUCAUGAAAUGUAAUGACUUUACACUAACUGCGCUCUGUAGCUCUCUGUCAGAUCUCUGGUUUUGUACGAUAUUGAUUUGUUUGGGGUUGCUCUGUGGGUUUUUUUCAUUGGUUUCCAUGGCAUUCUCAGGUCAGACUUCCCUGCAUUUGAAAUGUGUGUGUUUUACUAAUACCGCUAAUAAUCCAUGCUGACUGGAGUUGUACAUUUUUGCUACGUUUUUUUGCUAUUGACAUUUUCCUAUGUUUCUCUGUUUUGAACUCUUUUUGAAUAAUUUCUUUGGGGGUAAAUCCUAUGACUGGAUAACCUGAUGUAGUAUAACUGUUGGUAGAUGAGAGACAUGUAAACAUAAGACUGCACAGAUGUUUUAUAGGUAUUUUAAUAACUCAUGUAGUAUUUUUGGAAAAUGUGUGUUUUGUUGAAAAUAACACAGUUGAAGGAUUGCAGCACAGCAAUUCAAGCAGGGUAACACAAGGGAAAUCCGCGCGCGCGCGCACACACACACACACACACACACACACACACACACACACACACACACACACACACACACACACACACACACACACACACACACACACACACAAACCAGAAAGCUGAAUGGCAGUCUUUUAGCGGUGUCCAGUGGGCCGCCAGAGCGAUGCGUGGGGCCAAUACUAAUUUAUCAUCCUCUCUUUCAGACACUGUCUAUAAUCUCUUUGGCAGAGACCUCUACACUGACCCUCCCACGACAAAACACCUUCAUUGUGAUCCAUGAUCUUCAGCCUGGGGCCUAAACACAAACAAAAACCAAACACAACUAUUUCUCUUUUCAAGCAUGUCAUUGGCCGAGCAUCAAGUAUACUUGGUAUUCCUAGAGAGUGUGCUUGUGUUCUAAUAGAUUAUUAAUAUGGGAAACUGCAGAAUAUUUGUACUGUUGAUGAUGAUUGGAGCAGAGGGUCGGUGAAGAGUUAGAGAGCAGAGUGAAAUGUCAGCCGUGUUUUAAUCAGAUUGUCAAACUAUUGUUGGGAAAGGGUCUACAAUUUUGGAAAUAUUAAAGAAAUAUGAAUGUU